AUGGGCAACCUGCCGGCCGUGCUGCCCAGCGCUGCCCGCUCCUGCGGCCUCGGCCUCUGCUCCCGGCAGCUCAGCGCCGCGCCCGAGGAGAGCACCAGCACCGAGCGGGGCAGGUGGGGCACCCCACAGCCCCAGCCCUGGCCAAGACAGAUACCCCAAAGCCCCAUCCCUGCCCCAAAGCACCCCAUACCCCCAUCCCUGCCCCAGGGCACCCUGUGUCCCCAUCCCCGCCCCAGGGCACCCCAUGACCCCAUCCCUGCCCCAGGGCACCCCGUGUUCGACGCCCGGGACUGCGCCAACGUGGGGGAGAUGUUCAGCUUCCUCUGCACCCACAUCCAGUACGCCACCAACCGCGGCAACAUACGGUCGGCCAUCACCAUCUUCCCCCAGCGGACACCGGGUCGGGGCGAUUUCCGCAUCUGGAACACGCAGCUGAUCCGCUACGCCGG